CCACACUUGCCCUUUGUCUCAUGACUGCGAUUGUGAUUGAGCCGCGUGGCCCAGUUAUCUCUUGCCUCUGUGUCGACCAUGGCUUCUUGCUGUGUAGUUUCCCUGCUGUGUGCGAUAUUCCUUUCUACAGCGUUCGUCUGUGACGGAGAGAAACCCAAACAGGAGGUGCUGGAGGCAAACUGCAAUAACAACAUCAACUUUCUAGGGAGCGUGGUCCUACUUGUAUCAAAUCUGACGUCAGUGCAGCAGUGUAAUCUUAUUAUUCAAAGCACCAUCGCCAACAACAGACUCCUCAUCGACAUCACAAAAUUAGACCUCGUCGACAACUGCACGGACACCAAACUCGACAUCAUCGACGACACCGGAAGUAGCAUAGCAGGACCCUUGUGUGAAGAGGAGAACGCAACAGUGUUUAGAGCAGAGAGCAACGUCGCUCAGUUCCAGUACAGAACCAGCUCUCCGAACACAGCGGGGAAAAAAUUGUCUGUCAUCAUCACUUCAUUCAACCUGGGAAUAAAUGGAACAUGUGCUUCGAUUGAGUACCAGUGCGCCAACAAACUGUGCAUACCCAAAGACUUAUUGUGCAAUGGAUACAACGAGUGUUCUGAUAACUCAGAUGAGAAUGACUGCAGCGGCCCCAAUGGCACCCCUCCGGGAGAAAACGUGGGACUUAUAGUUGGUUUGACAUUCGCUUGUUUGUUGGUGGUCGCAGUGGCAGCAUUGUGUCUGAUUAGGCGACUAAGGCGUCAGCAGGGAUAUGACAGUGUUUAGGGGGCAGGACGCUGACCCAUUUCGCGAACACCUGGUGUCGUCACCGAUUUUUAGUGGUCCAUUCAUAUCAUUGUCUCCGCUGUCUUGCAUUUUAGGCCCAGUGGAAUCUGGGUUUUUUGUCAGAUGGUCGAUAUUUCUACAUCUUCCGGAGGCAAGAGAGUUAACUGACUUUAAUAGUCCAGUUUCCACCUUUGCCGAACUUGGCUGGAAUUCCUGGGCUCGAUCGUAGCGCCACCAGUUGUUAUUAUGAGUUUUAUCCCUUCUAAGCCUCU